AUGGCUUACAGAAAGGUGUGUGAUGCUCAGGGUGGUCCUCUGGUCGGUGAAGGUCUGCACUGCUCUGGAGGUCUUGAUCUGGACUGGGACCUGGAAAAAGAGGAGCUACAGGAACCAGGACCUGGCAUGGACCGCAUGCAGAUGCAGCAUGUUGAAUGCCAGAGAUCUGGGUGUUCAGAUCCUGGUCCUGAUCCUGACCCUGAGCUAAUGGAGCCCAUUCAGCCUUCAGUCUCAGUUUCACCACAUGGACGCUUUGAGCGACUCCAGGAAGAUCCAAACUACAUUUCCCACUUUACCAGGGCUCCGGGUCACAAGGGCCAGCGAAGGCUCCACUGCUUUCUGCUCAGGUACUUCCUGGGGGGCAUCGGCCUUUUCAUUCUGGGGCUACUGAUUGGCUGGUUCACUCACACACCGACCGUUAAACGAACUGCUUCCCUGCCUGAAAGCUCUGAUCUGUUGGAGGAACUGCUGAAGGGAAUAACAGCUGACAAAAUAGACGCUCUCCAAAGGUCUUUCUCCAGUCUGUCAGACAACAGUGAAGAAGCCAGAGCCAGGUACCUAUACAGGCAGUGGGUGGGCCUUGGUUUGACUGAUGUCCAUUUGUCCAAUCACACGGUCCUGCUCAGUCUGCCUGGUCCCACCCCCAACACCAUCACGGACCGGUCCAGUCACCAGUGUCUGCUGCCCACUGGGGUUCCAUGUGACCAGCGUGGACCGAGUGACCUACUCAAGCAGCAGUUCUCGUACGCAGCCUACUCUGCUGUCGGAAGUCUGCAGGGGGAGGUGGUGGACGUUCAGUACGGCGGCGUGGACGAGCUGAGGAGAGCCAAAGAAAGCCUGAACAUCACCAACCAGAUCGCUGUGCUCAAGCUGGGGAAAGCACCUUUACUGUAUAAGCUCUCCCUGCUGUCAGAGAUGGGUUUUGGAGGAGUCCUGCUCUACAUCGACCCCUGUGAUGCCCCGCACGGUCAGAACAUCUGGAACCAGGCCUUCAGAGUUACUCUGAACCCUGGAGGAAACCCUGCUAUCGUUGGUGUGUCCAAAGAGGCUGCAGGAAGUCUGACAUCUCUGUUGGUUCAGCCCAUAUCCGCCCUCUUGGCCAGCACCUUACUGUCCUCUGCUUCCUCAGCCCCAGGUGACCUGUGUACGCCUAUCGCCAUGCCCCCCAACACAGAACGCAAGAAAAUCACUCUCACUGUGGGAAACCAGUGGUCCUACAAGAAAAUCUACAAUGUCGUUGGAUAUCUGAAAGGAAGACGGAAUCCAGAUCGCUAUGUGCUGGUUGGCAGCCAUCAUGACGGUGACCAGGGAGGCGGGGCUUCAGCCAUUAUGAAUCAGCUCAUCGCCGCGUUCACAGAGCAGACCAAACGAGGAUGGGUGCCGGACCGUACCACUGUGUUUUGUUCAUGGGGAGGUUCGGCCUUGGGGAACAUCGGCUCGUAUGAAUGGGGAAAGGAUAACAGUGUGGUCCUUCAGAGCAGUGCGGUGGCCUACGUCAGCCUGAACUCUCCAGUCAGAGGAACAGAGACCCUCAGAGCUGGAGCUUCUCCAACCCUGCUUCAACUCACUUCGGAUAUACAGCGGAGACAAUUACUGAGUUGCAUUCGUGGUGGAAACUGCCCUGGACCCAACGUCAGUUCUCUCCAGUUGCCUGGAGAUGUGAAUUUCUUUGCCAACCAGCUGGCUGUGCCCACCCUGGAGUUCGCCUUUGAGCAGACCAAAGCAGAAGAGGCUACCAGUUUUUUGUCAGAGGCUCAGUUUUCUGACAACUCGCCGAAGACUCUGGACCCACUACUCAAGUUCCAUGAGACUAUUGCAAAGAUGACAGCUGAAGCCAUUCUGCGCCUGGUUAAUGAUCCUGUGCUGCCUUUCUACUCACUGGACAUUGCCCUGGACAUACAGAAUAAACUCAAAGAUAAAAGCGUGCUGUCUCCUUCCCUGCUGUCCUCGGCCUCAUCCCUCAGAGACCACGCCGCUUUCUUUCAGUCAGAAACCAUGCGGCCGGCCAACGACCCUAAAGAGCGUGAUCCCUCCCAUGUGCGCAUGCUGAACGAUGUCCUCCGCGACCUGGAGAAGAGCUUCCUCAUCCCACAUCCCCCACCUGGAGUGUACAGGAACCUGUUGUACAGCCUUCCUGGGAGGUCUCAGUUUUCCAUCCUCAGGUUCUCAGAGGAAGUGAUCCUGCAUUGCAACACCACCAGCAAACCUGUCAAACACAAGUCUGGAGACCAGGAAGUACUUUGCUACAGCACUAUGAACCAGUCCCUGGCUCUCAUCCUUCAGUCCAUCCGUUCGGCUGAGAGGCUGGUCUGUUUCGGUUUGGAACUGUUCCAAAAUUACCCAAGCGACACAAUAUGA